AUCGUUUAGGAAGUAUUUAGUGGAGUCUUCUCUCUCUUUCCCUUUCAUCUAAAGUGUGACAUUGGAUUUGAUUGUUUUCUCCAGAGACAUCUCAUCAUCUCUGCCUAUAACUAAAGAGAGGAACAGCUGUCUACAACAUCUCCGGAAAAGAAGAAGAAUUUGCUUCUCAACCUUCACAUUCUGAACAAGUCAUUAGAGAGUAUGUGGACAGCCGUAGCCCUCACUAGGGGUCCCUUUGGAUUGACCAGUCAAGGGAACUUCACCUCUUUGUGUCCUAAUGGCUCCCAGUGGGUUUGGAAUGGUCUCGGGGAAUGUGCCCAGGAUUCAAGGGACAUGGCCAGCAUCUACCUCGGCCUCCUGUCCAUCCUCUGCUUCAUGGUGUCUUCGCUUCCACAGUACUACAGCUCGUGCAAAAACGGGAAUAUGGACAGUGCCCUUUCCAUUUGGUUCCUGUUGCUGUGGUUGGGAGGUGACACGUGUAAUCUGGUGGGCUCCUUCCUGGCAGACCAGCUUCCACUUCAGACAUACACAGCCGUUUAUUACGUGAUUGCUGACUUACUGAUGCUGGCCUUGUACUUUUACUACAAGUUAAACAACAGAAUGAAGGAAAGAAGGAGGGUUUUGCACGUGGUGGGUGUAGCCUGCGUCCUGGGCUUCACAGCAAACCUCAUCCACCUCCCAGGGUUGGCUGACCGACAGGAAGUUAUCUCCUCUGGGUUCACAAGUCGCGCCUUGCUCUCAACCUCUGACCUUAGCCAAGUCAAGACUUUUACCUCCAAAGAGAUCAUUGGUUUCUCCAUUGGCUCAGUGUCAUCGGUGCUCUACCUGUGUUCUAGACUUCCUCAGAUGUACACGAAUUUCAAGAGGAAGUCGACAGAGGGAGUGUCUUACUUCCUGUUCGCUCUGGUCAUCCUGGGAAACACCACAUACGGCCUGAGUGUCCUACUGAAAAACCCGGACGACGACCAAGGCGAGAAAAGCUACCUGAUCCAUCACCUGCCCUGGCUCGUCGGCAGCCUCGGCACCCUCUCUUUAGACGUCAUGAUCUCCUUCCAGUUCAUCAUUUACCGCAAGACUCCAGGGCAGCUGGACGGAGGCUAUGAAGAGACGUCGCCUCUGAUCAGGAGCUAAAUGAACAAACAAAGGGGGGUGGGGGUGCACGAGCACUCGUUUUCGGAAAACCCUCAGAAUCACAUUAACAGCACAAAAUCAAGAUGAGAAGAAAACUGUACAUUUUAGUUUAAUUUCAUUGUUUUUAUUUAUUAUGCUCUUUUAUUACAAUGUUUAAAAUGUGUUUUUAAGUGAAGCGACAGAUUCUUCAGCUGCAGUGGUGUGACUCAUGCUGCUCUUUUAGUUUCUUUUAGAUUUCAGUCCUGGAGGAUGAGGUGACGCCUGUAGCUGGUGGUAACAGCGAAUAUGGUUUUACACUGCAGCUCAUAUCAUACCGAGAGAAAACUCGCUGUUCCUGUUCCAUUGCUUCCUGAAAUAUUUCAAACUAAUCUCCUGCCGGUAAAAUGCUUUUAAUGCGACGCUGCGGCAGUUGGAGAUGUUCAGUUUGCAUCAGCAGUAAAAUGAAACAGCAUUUAAGAAUGUUACCACAGGCAGCCUGUUCAUAAUACUUCUAAUAUAUGAACAUGGCAAUAGGCUCAGGCUCAGUCACCACUGUGUUACCUCAUUCAGCGUUAGAUCACACAUCAAUUUAAAUGAACAUCUUUGAGAUUGCUGCUUUAAUAUUAGUUUUAAAAGGGAUGAUUGUGUUGUUCAGGCGUCAGAUAUGUUGAUUUAACUCCUGUCAGCCUCCUCUCCUCUUGAUUUUAGGUCAACAUCAGUUUUAGAAAAGACCCGAUAGAUGUCAGAAACCUGCUGUUGAGAGCGAACAGUCCACACAGAGGUUUCGUUUAAAGUAUUUCAUUUUUAAAGUUGCCAAAAACUCAGACCCUUAUUAAAUAAACGUUUGUAUGAA